AUGUUGGCCAAGCUGUCUCUUCUCCCUUUGCUGUCUGCCGCAGUCUCGGCAUCUCCCCUCCUCGAUGUCAGAGCCCCGGUGGCUGCUCUCGAUGAGAGAGCUGUGACGGUGUCGAGCGCCGACCUGUCCAACUUUGAGUACUACGUUCAGAUGGUGGCAGCAACCUCUUGCAACAGCGAGGCCGCCGCUGGUACAUCAAUCACCUGCAGCGCCGAUGCUUGCCCUGAUGUCACCGCCAACGGAGGAAAGAUUGUGGGAACCUUUUCCGGUCUUGUCUCUGGCCUCCAAGGCUUCGUCGCCACGGAUCCCGUGAGAAAGAACAUUGUCAUUGCCAUCCGCGGCUCCAGCAACGUCCGCAACUGGAUCACCAACAUCCUCUUCGGCUUCGACGACUGCGACUUUGUCGACGACUGCAAGGUCCACACCGGCUUCGCAAACGGCUGGGACGAGAUCAAGGACGCCCUCCUGGCCUCCGUCAAGUCCGCAAAGGCCGCCAACCCCAGCUACACCAUCGUCGGCACCGGCCACUCCCUCGGCGGCGCCGUCGUCACCAUCGCCGCCGCCGACCUCCGCCGCGACGGUUACCCCGUCGACAUCUACACCUACGGCAGCCCCCGUGUAGGCAACGCCGCCUUCACCAACUUCGUCACCGCCCAGGCCGGCGCCGAGUACCGCGUCACUCACGUCGACGACCCCGUCCCCCGCCUGCCCCCCAUCCUCUUCGGCUACCGCCACACUAGCCCCGAGUACUGGUUGUCCACCGGCAACGCUACCACCGUCGACUACGCCGUCGCCGACAUCAAGGUCUGCGAGGGCGCCGCCAACACAAAGUGCAACGGCGGCACCUUUGGCCUCGACGUCGACGCCCACCUGUACUACCUCCGCCGUACGGGCGCCUGCAGCACCGACGGCUUCGGCAUCAAGGAGAGAGAGGAGGACAUCUCGGACGAGGACCUCGCUGCGCGCCUGACGGCCUGGGCCCAGCAGGAUAUCGAGUACGCCGCGUCACUUGAGGAGUAA